GCGGCCGAGUCGUCAGUCCCGCCCUCGGUUCUUUCGCGUUUUCGGUCAGUCUCCGUUCGGCGUUCGAACGGCGAGGUGUGUAUAGCGCAUGUGCGCACCGGUUACUGUGGCGUACUGCGAGGUUAUCAUGGACGCGCCCGGCGGAGCGCGGGAGCCCCGCUUCGGGUCGCCGUACGGGAUGGGACUGCUGGGAGAAGUGCCGGAUAUGUACGGAGCGGGCCGGCCGCCCAGCGCGCUGGGGCUGCGGCCCGGCAUGCAGGCCUGUCCGGGGCCGCGCGGCGUCAAGCGGCCCUCGGAGCAGUGCUACGACGAGCGGCCGUCGCCCAGCCUGGGGCUGGAACACUGUGCGAUGCCGGACAUGGCGGACGACGGCUACGCCUCGCUCCAGCCCAAGAAGUCCCCGCCCAGCAACGGCAAGAAGACCAAGGGCCGCGUCAAGAUCAAGAUGGAGUACAUCGACAACAAGCUGCGCCGGUACACCACCUUCUCCAAGCGGAAGACCGGCAUCAUGAAGAAGGCUUACGAACUGUCCACUCUGACGGGUACACAAGUGAUGCUAUUGGUUGCAUCGGAGACUGGCCACGUAUACACGUUCGCGACGCGGAAACUUCAGCCUAUGAUCACGUCAGAUUCAGGCAAAAGGCUCAUACAGACGUGCCUCAACUCCCCUGAUCCGCCGAGUGUGAGCGAGCAGAGAAUGGCAGCCACCGGGUUCGAAGAAACGGAGCUGACAUAUAACGUAGUAGACGACGAUAUGAAGGAACUGGAAGAUAAUACUGGGAGCAAUACUAAAUGCAAGGAUGAACCGGCUUCGUCAGGCGACAGUGGCGACGAGAGCGGCAGUGAACCGGAGUCUCCCAGUGAAAAGCUUCUACAGCAGAACCACAAGCAAGAUUGGGUGAUAUGUACGGACAAGGAGCGCGAAAUUAACAGAGAAACUCCAUCUGACAACCAACCGUCCACUUCAACGUCAAAUCCUGAACCAGAGAGCAGCAAGUCAAGCCAACCAUCCCUACCAAAGCUACUGCCAAAGAUAGAUCUACCGGGAGGAGCGAUGCUGUACCAUUCGAGUGUGUUGGGCUUGGACGGCCUUGGAAGCAACCUCGGACUGGGCAAUCUGGCUAUGGGCUACCCUCACAGUUUCAUAUUAGGACUGGCUAACCAAGGACAAGAAGGAGCAUCAUCAUCGUCUACUCAACCGCAGUUCAUCACAAUACCGCUGUCCAUGGCGAUGGCUGCAGCGUCAGGACCAACGCCCAACGGAUGUCCCAGUGCCUCUAGCGAUGACAGCAGUGAGCUCCAGGACCUGAGCACUGGAGGGAGGAAGUGAGGGUUAUUUCAGAUGGCUGAAGACUGGAGUAUCUAUAUUUUAAUAUUUCUUAUAACAUCACCUGUAUUCUGAACUCUAUCUUAUCGUACCAAAGGUGUAUAUGAAGUGAGCUUUGUAUUGUAACUUCAAUAAUAAACCAUUUUGUAUGAGUAUAAAACUUCUUGUAUUCUACUAAUUUAUCGAACAAUUUCGAAUUUACUUAGACAUUUAUAUUAGAGUAUUCGACUGCUAGCCUUUUCUUCGAUGGGAUUUCCCAUCAGCAACAUCUCAGCAACCAUCUAGUUUUUUCAAAUGUAUAGACUGAAAUCUGUGGAGCGAGUUUUGAUGUAGUUUACAACGAAGCAGAUUUAUGUAUUAUGCGUAAAAAAUGAGUUCUCACGCGCCAAUUUAACGUUAUGUAUCAAAAUCAUGUCAAUCAUGUCUGAUCCAACACAUAUUAAACACAAUUAACAUUUACAAAAUUAACGCCUUAAAAUCUAACUUAACACAUCGAUGAACUUAACUUAAGGUUUGUAGGUAUACUAUUUGUGUAGUGCCAACGAAAAGGCCCGACUCAGCUAAAUGUUGUGGAUACCAAAUUUAACCACAACCCUGUUAUGCUAUUUUAGUCCUUAUUCUAAAGGUAAAUCGUACUUUUGACAUGACAGUUGACCCAUAGUUAAAAUGGCGCGUGAGAAGUCAUUUUGUACGGACAAU